AAUCAUGGCAUCCAGAUCUAGAGGCUCUAUUCUUAUACAGCUUAUAGGUUUCUUGGUAAUUGUUCUUGCCUCAAUGGUGAAGAGUAGUAGAGUUACAAUACCUAGAGUAAGUACUGAUCUGUACGACACUACUUCCCUCAACCGGAGCAGUUUUCCUACAGGUUUCUUAUUUGGAACAGCUUCAGCCGCUUACCAGUAUGAAGGUGCUGCGAGUGAAGAUGGUAGAGGUCCAAGUAUAUGGGAUACAUACGUUCAUAAAUACCCAGGUAAGGUAAAAGAUGGUAGCAAUGGAGAUGUUGCAGUAGAUUCAUAUCAUCGCUACAGGGAAGAUGUGGGGAUUAUGAAGGAAAUGGGUUUGGAUGCUUAUAGAUUUUCUAUCUCAUGGUCCAGAGUGCUACCAAAUGGGAAAAUAAGUGGAGGUGUGAACAAGAAAGGGAUAGAAUACUACAACAACCUCAUCAAUGAACUCGUUGCCAAUGAUAUAAGGCCCUUUGUAACACUCUUCCAUUGGGAUCUUCCCCAAACCUUGGAAGAGGAAUAUGGUGGUUUCCUAAGUCCUCAAAUUGUGAAGCAUUUUCAGGACUAUGCAGGGCUUUGUUAUAAAGAAUUUGGUGAUCGAGUAAAGCAUUGGAUCACGUUGAAUGAGCCAUUGGCAUGUAGUGUGGCUGGUUAUGCCACUGGAGAUUUGGCACCUGGACGAUGUUCCGAUUCGCUAAAACGCAACUGCACAGGUGGAGAUUCAGGGGUUGAGCCAUAUUUGGUCACACACAACCAGCUUCUUGCUCAUGCUGCUGCUGUUAAAUUAUACAAGGAAAAAUAUCAGACAUUUCAAAAGGGAUUGAUAGGGGUGACAUUGGUUUCCCUAGGUGUGGUGCCAUUUUCUGAGUCAAAGAAAGACAAAGAGGCUGCAGUUAAAGUCCUGGAUUUUACACUGGGAUGGUUUAUGGACCCAAUGUCAAAUGGUGACUACCCUUAUAGCAUGCGAUCUAUUGUUGGAAACAGAUUGCCUAAAUUCAGCAAGGAGCAGUCUAAAUUGCUAAAAGGAUCAUAUGAUUUUAUCGGAUUGAACUAUUAUUUUUCCAAAUAUGUAUCUGAUGCACCCCAACUAGCUGUUAGCAAUGCAAGCUACUUAACAGACUUUCCCGCUUCGAUGUCAGAUGAGCGUAAUGGAAUUCCCAUUGGGCCAAAGGCUGCUUCACUCUAUAUUUAUCCGAAAGGCAUUAGAGAUGUUUUGCUCCAUACGAAGAAAAAAUAUCAUAAUCCGCUUAUUUACAUCACUGAGAAUGGCGUGAAUGAGUUUAAUGAUCCUAAUCUGUCGCUUGAGGACGCUCUUCUUGACAACCAAAGAGUUGACUAUCACUUUCGCCAUCUUUAUUACCUUAGAGAAGCAAUCAAAGAUGGUGUCAAUGUGAAAGGGUACUUUGCGUGGUCGCUAUUGGACAAUUUCGAAUGGACUAUGGGUUACACUGUUCGAUUUGGUAUCAACUUUGUUGAUUAUAAUGAUGGGUUGAAAAGAUACCCUAAGCUCUCAGCAUAUUGGUUCAAAAAAUUUCUCAAAAAGUAAAGACAUAAUUUAUGAGUGGCUCAAAAUAUCGACAAUAAAAAAAGCAGAUAUUUCUUUCCUCUAUGUUUAGGGGUUCUUUCAAUAGU